GGCCCCCGGCCCCCCCUCUGUGGCUAUGAGUACGGACCUGCUCUCUGACCUGGACUGUCGGUUCUUCGCUGAUAACCUCCUGACGAGCGAAGACUGGGAUGCCUGCCUGUACCAGUGUGAGAGCAUGGAGGAGGGCGAGGACGGAGACUUCAGCGGGGGGUUGAAAUACGAACCGCCGUUUGACAAUGACCUCGUGCUCACCCUCGAUCCGGACAACCCCACGUCGCCAUGGCGCCACCUUGACGACAACCUUCUCACAGGGGAAACUCCUGUGAUAAAAAAUGAAAUGACCAUCACUCAACCAUUACCAGUGGAAAUGUUGUUCCAGGUGAAAGCGGAGCCUCCCUCUCCCGCAUCCUCGCUCGGGUCCGACUGCUCGGCGUCCUCACCGGACCCACAGAUCACAGUUAAAGGUGAAAACCCUCCGACUCCUCCCUACAUGUACGGAGACGUGCUGUCUCCUCCGCUGGGGUCGAUGGAGAUCACCGUGGCAACAACAGCCGUACCUCCACAACAGACACAGCUACAGACGCCGCUAACGACGCAGAUCCCAGCAGUCAUCAGUGGAAUACAGACGCAGGCUGCAGUUCUGCCGAGUUCGGCCACAAUAAAGGCCAGCACCAUCCUGAGCACCAAACCCCCCAUCCAGCCCAGACCAGUGUGUGUCACCACCCUCCCCGUCCCCCAGACCCCCGCACCGGCCAAGACCCUCAUACUGCAGGGCCUGCCCCCCAUGGACCAGACCAGACCUGUCGUCUUGUCUCCGUCGGUCUGCCUCGGUUCGGCUCCGGCCAUCGUCAAAAUGGAGCCCGUCUCUCCCAGCAUCCCCCAGCACUGCUCCAGCCCCACGGCUCCGCCCACCAGCAAACCCAUUGUCCCGGCGUCGACGACGUUACCCGGCAACAACUCCAACGACAUUGACAUGAAGGUGCUGAAGCGGCAGCAGAGGAUGAUAAAGAACCGGGAGUCGGCCUGCCAGUCGAGGAAGAAGAAGAAGGAGUACCUGCAGAACCUGGAGGCUCAGCUCAGGGAGGCCCAGCAGGAGAACGAACGUCUCCGCAGAGAGAACCAGACACUGAGGGAGAGACUGGCUGGGAAAGAGGGCAGCGACUCAGCGAGCAACAAGCGAGCCGUGUGUGUCAUGGCCGUCCUGCUGUUCAUGACCUUCAGCUUCGGACCCGUCAGCAUCACAGACAGGAAGCUGUCGGGCCUACAGGAAGGCGUGGUGUCGUACACGGGACGGCGUCUGCUGGAGUUUGAGAAACAGCGGUAUCAGCAGCAGCAGCAGGAGGCGGCGGCGGCGGCGGCUCAGCCUGCGAGCACAGUGGAGGACAGGACGGAGACGGAGGAGGAAGCAGGGGACGAGGCUCCAGAGUCAGACCAGUUCAGGAACCUGAGCGAUGUGUUCAGUGACAUGAAGGACUUGGUGCUGCAGGACAUCGAUCGUUACUUCUCCUCCUCAGACUGCAGACAGUUCAACCGCUCCGAAUCUCUCAGGCUGGCAGAUGAGCUCAGAGGUUGGGUCCACCGGCACCAGAUCGACAGGAAGAAGUCCGGAGGGAAACCAAAAGUCGCCAAGAAGGCCAAAAUCGCUCAGAAAGCUCAGCUGAGGAAGACAAACUUCUCCAGAUACCUGCCGAUCCAGACUCACCGCUCCAUAGAAAGUCAGCUGCAGGUGCUUCCUGGUCCCGAGGUCACCUACAGCGACUUCCUGGACGCCAUCGACCGCAGAGAGGACACGUUCUACGUCGUCUCUUUCAGACGGGAUCACCUGCUGUUACCGGCCAUCAGUCACAAUAAAACCAGCAGGCCUAAAAUGUCUCUGGUGAUGCCGGCCAUGUCUGUGAACGAGAGUCUGUAUAACUCCUCUCAGGGUUACGAGAUGAUGAUGCAGGUGGACUGCGAGGUCAUGGACACCCGCAUCGUCCCCAUCAAGUCCUCCGCCGUCCCGCCGUCUCUCCGCGACCCCCCUCCGCCUCCCCCCUCCUCCCACCAUAACUCCCACCAUCAACACGGCAACCACACCUCGCUGCGAGGGCGCCACCAUCAUCACCCCUCCUCUUCCUCCUCACCAUCCUCGCCAUCGCCUCAGCAGCAACCUUUACCCGCCCGCCGACGGACAGCGGAAUUUUUAAUCAGCCAAUCAGAAGGGGUCUGAUGAGGCGUUGCCAUGGUGAUUUGGACAGAAGAGAAGGAUAAAAACGGAUAUCUUUAAAAAUGACUUCAUCAUCCCAACGACAGGUAACACAUACACGUCUCUUCUUCCUGAAAAACAACAAAAAGUUCCUGUCGCCAAACACAACGUCCUCGUUCCGGUAGAAGAUAAUGUCCUAAUAUAUAAGAAUAUAUUGGUAGAAAUGAAAGUGGGAUGCAGACACGGCAGCACACUGCACUUAGAACCAGUGCUGCGUUUUAAUAUUUAACAGUGACAAUGUUUGAAUGAAGUGCAGAGACAGGAAGCUGUCGGGCGGUCCACCACCCGGCUCGGCCCACAGGUGGCGCCACCGGGCUGCACAGUUACGGUUUAAAACCUCUCCAGAGAUCAGGAUCCAUAUUUUUCUGCCCUUUUUGCCCGUCAGAGUGAAAUCAGCAAUAACCCAGUUUAUGAAUCAUGGAGCUCGUAGCUGUGCAGCUCCAGCAGGUCCUGCUCCUCCUCCUGACUCUCCCACUCUCAGUCGUGGUUUCUGUGGUGUUUGCAUUUGUAUAUUUGUGUUGUUGUGGGAAUUAGACUACAUGUAGAGAGUACGGUAUCAGGACUGACGGCUGCUGCCUGAAGUCGGAUCUAAAAGUUGGCUGGAAGGAGAGAUCCUCUGCUUCUGGAGGACGAGACAGAAAACUAAAUAUCAGUCUUUAUUAUUUAUUAAAGGAUCAUAUAAAAUAAACAUUUACAAUAUGGAUCCCUUAAAGUUUGUUAUCAAAGAAUUGUGUAGUGAGCAGGACAUUUUACAAACUUUAAAUGGAGACUAAAUGACCUCAAAUACGUCUUUUAUUUUAAUUAAUUAACAUACAGCCGAAGCUUAUUAUAAUAUAUCAGUUUAUUUCAGUUCCUGGCAGCUGAACAUUUUGAGUUACAGGUUUUUGUUCAUGUGGUUUUUAUUCACACAUCUCAGAGGAGCUGCAACAGCUUACAGUGUAAAACAAAUCUCAGAAUACAAACAAUUAGACAAUUGAUUAAUUAGUUUGUUUAUCAUCAGAAAAAGAAGCAACUCAGUCAAAUAUCAACACACAGACACAUAUUCAGACCCAGUGUCACUCACACUUUCCAACAAUAUCACUCUCUCUGACGUCCAUCACAGAUAACCGUCCAUUAAUCUGCUCAGAAACCACUGGAAACAUUGGAUCAUUGGACACUUUUCUUCAGUAUCAGAGUAAUCCAGUGAUUUGAACAUUCAUGGGUACACUGCAAACAGGAAGUGCUAAUAGAUCGUUUGGCGUACUUUAAAGUCGCCAGUUUACCAAAAUAUAAACAGAUAUAAGCGAACAGACAGACAGACAGACGGAGCUGGAAGUGAAAAAUGUUCGGCAUCAUUCCACAAAUCUGUUAUCAAGAUCAACUCAGCUGAGCCCAGGAGAGAUUAUAUAUAAUAAUAAUAAUAAUAAUAAUAAAAUAAUAAUAAUAAUAAAUGAUUAUAUGUUUAUCAUAAUGUAAUAUGUUAGAAUACGGAGGUUAAAAUAAAAAGUCUUAGUGCCUUGCUCAUGGACUCUUCCCAGGACCACUUCAGAUCUGACUUCCUGUUGCAUCCGUCAGAUUUAUUCAUGUUUAUUUUCUUUUGAAGAGAAUUCCUGUUGUUGUUUUGAAUGGAGGAUUAUUUAAUAUCUGUAAAUAUCAGUGUUUACUGUAGAUAUUUUGUUUGUCACUUUUUAUAUUUUUUUUAUUUCUUUUGUCUUUUGACAACAAAAAGUCAAACAAUAAAAAAAGAAUAAAGUCCUGGAAUAAUGAGGCAUUGGGGAAAAACAGACUGAUGUUGAAUUUUUAUAUUUUUUAUUCUUGUGUUCCGUUCAGUGGACCAACCAGCUUCACUCGCUCAUAACUCAGGAUGUUCUGUCCUGAUAUAUUUAUGAAAUUAAUACGCAGAUUUUUUUUAUUGUACAGAAUAAACUACAGUUCCUCCUGUAACGACACUAUAUGAUCAGUUUGGUUGUAAAAAAAUUACUGAAACCUUCCCAGAAAAGAUCUUUACUGCCAAAACAAGAUAAUAAUCGAGCCUUUGCAGACGAUGUAAUAUUUUCUAUUGUAAAAAAAUUGUCGAACUUUCUGCUUUUUCUUCUGACCAAAACAAUGUUUCAGAUUAUUUCCGUCUUCCUUAUCUUGUCUUUCUGUCUUUGCCACUCGUGUCAGUUUCCAGCCUUAGAGUUUGAAAGAUGCGUCCAUUUAUCAGAAGAAGCUGUUGAGUUACAUUAUGGGAAAUGUAGGAUCCAGUGGUUUUGGGGUGUCACCUCUUUAAUUCCUCUACUUUAUGGAAGUAAAAUACUACAGUUCAGUUCCCUCUUCAGAGUUCACAGGUUUAAAGCAACAAAAAGCAAAGAUUGACAAUCAAAGAAUUAAAAUUUGAGGUUUACCACUUAAUUAUUUGCCGUAUCGUAAAAGAACUACCUGAAUAUUUUGUAUUUGUUAAUACAAAGUGUGAGAAAAACGAGAUUCAGUAAGAGAAUAGUUGGAGGUUUUUUAAAUGCACUUCUUGGUUUGCCCGCCAAAAGUUCACCAUUUUCCUGAAAGUUAAGAAAUACUCUGACACAUGAACCUCAGUAAAACGGUGAAUUGUUGUUUUUACACUUUUUGCACAGAUGAAUCUAACGAGAGAUAACCUGUUAAUUAGUUAAUGAGAAUAAGAUUUUAGCCGUUUGUCUGUGGAUUUUGUUUCCUGUGGACAGAGCCAGGCUAGCAGUUUCCCCCGUUUCCAGUCUUUAUGCUAAGCUAAGCUAACAGGCAUCACAUCUACUGUACAGACAUGAGAGUGGUGUCAGUCCGACUAUCACUUUAAAGCCCCUACAAGGAACUUCCAUGUUAUGUUGAUUCUGGCGCCCCCGUGGACAAAAGCGGUAGUGUGUCUACCGCCACGUUUCAUUGAUUCCAAGGGGAAGCCGAUCGAUAGAGUCCGAUAGAAAUAUCCAAUCUUUUCACAAACGUUCUUGUUUGUUUAAAAGCUCCGUGCAGUACCUUUAACUUUUUUACCAACUUGAAAGCAGAUCCAAAAAUGUAACCGCCUGCAGAACCCCGACCCUGCUCCUGUAAAACCAGAGGAGAUGAUGAUGAUGAUGAUGAUGAUGAUGUCUUCUUGCUCCAGUCGCUCUCUGUUUGUUUCCUUUUGUGUUUUAGUGUGUGAAGUGCUUUGUCGUCUGUCGUCUCCAGCCUGCUGCUCAUCAUUUGUGUCUGAAGAAAAAUGUAAAAAUAUGAAUACAAUUUCCUUUUUUUAUUAUUUUUUAUACUGUUUGAAUUUGUUACUUUUUGUGUAAAGAAAAAUGCAAAGAUGGUAAAAAAAAAAAAUGAAGUGAACUGUUGUGUUCACAGAGUCACGUUCUUAUAAAACACCACUGUUUGUUUUCUGGUUAAAGUUCGUAAAGAUCAACGUUUCCCGUCUGGUUUGUGGUUCUUAACUGAAAAACCUUUUUACUCCCUGUUUUAAACGAUGCAGGAAAUGUAACAUUGUCUGUAGUUGGGUAUCAAGUGAGCUGCAACAGAUCGUUACUUUUAUUAUCAAUUAAUUUGUCGGUUAUUUUCUCGGUUAGCAGAUGAAUUUAGGUUGUAACUAACUAUGUACCGACACUUUGCUGAUACACUUAUACCACUUAACCUUAACGUUAGUUCAGAGAUAUUUUAAGCAACUUUAACAACAUUAGCAAUUUAAUUUGUUACAAAUUAUAUAAAUAAAACAUGUUUUCAAAGUCAUUGUUAGCACGGUAAUGCUAUUAGUGCAUCCCUAGUCAUAAAUGUAAGAAAAUAUAUAAAUACAAUUAUUAAACUUAAAUUUAAAUUACAUUUAUUAAAGCUGCAAUAAACAACUAUUAUUUAAAAAAAACAAACUUUUUGUCCUCUCGGCUCUGAUUGGUUGUUUUUGUUCAGGUGAUGGAUUCUUGCAGAUGCCAUUAGGAGCCACUAGGAGGAGCCAGAGGAACCUGAUAGUUUCACAAAUUAUCUGUCACACGUUCUGCUGUCAGGAUGCUGUGAAAUUUUCAGUAAAAAGGGUUAUUUUAUUUAUUAUAAAAGUUCCCUGCUGCAGCUUUAACGUGUUGAUUUUGUGAAGACGAAGCAGAAAACCAGCAGAUAUUCACUUUUGAGCAGAAACCACCAGUGAACCUAUCAGAAUAGAUGCAGAUUAAUUUUCAAUCAGUUAAUGAACUAAUAGAUGCUUUACAGCUGAAAUGAAUAAUAAACAAGAACUCAAAGUUGAAUCAGAUACUGUUUGAUUUAAAUUGUUAUUGUGUGAAUUUGUGUUAAAGACGCGAUAUGAAACACAAACUCAGCACAAGUAAAAUGUGAUUGUGAGCCAGAAUUUUAGUUUGAGAUCCAGUUAAGAACCACUGACCUCUGAGUGGAGAUAUCAGAUCUUCAGCUUGUUUCUGGCUCCUUUAACUUUCCGCCGUAUAAACACACAGCUGAGUGUGUGAACGCAUGUGCCCUGUGGUGACUAAAGGUAACCAUGUAAAUACGAUACAAUACGCCUUUUUGUCCUUUUUGUUUUUUUUUUUAAAAUGGAAAAAAAAUCAUAAAUAUGUAAAUAAAUCUUUCUAAUUCCCUCUGAUGAUAUUUGAACUGCUGCCGUUUAUGUUUGUAUGAAAUGAAGCGUUGACUUUGAUAAAGAUAUAAUAAAGUAA